AUGUUGUUCCGGCAUGUCGAUAUUAAUUUCUUCUUGCUAUUAUUUAUACUCGAGUAUUUUUUUAAGGACUGGACAUUGUUGAUUGGUUGGCCGCCUCAAACGUGGUUCUCCGGUGGUCGGUGGUGCUUCGCAUGCAUUGCCCUUGUUUUGAGAAGGAUAAUUAGCGCAUUAUCGUUUCGUGGCAGUGAUAACGUUGUUGCACAGCUUCCUGACGAUGUCGUGAUAGACAUCCUGCUUAGACUUCCUGCAGAUCGCGUCGCAGACUGUCGAAGGGUGUGCAGGCGCUGGAGAUCAUUGACUUCCUCAGAUUAUUUUAUCAUAUUGCACCUGGAUAGGUCUGCUCCACUCAUUUUUGUGCAAGCCACGGAUCUAACGGAUUGGAGGGGAACUGGAAAAUUGGCUUUCUACAUUUUGGAUCAAGCAAGCAACCGCAGGAACAAAAUAAAAAAAUUGCGGCUUAGGCCUGAAAUAAAGAUGAGUCAAGGUGACACCGAAGUUCUUGAUUCAUGUCAUGGACUGCUUUUGUUCAGGGAUGCCUUUGCUCGCUGGCGUUAUUAUGUAUUCAACCCUUUAACACAAGAACUACUGGUUCUAGAUGGUCCUAAUGAAGGUGCUUCCUGUGCCUUCUUUUACGAUCCAUCGGCAAACGAACUUAAGAUUCUUUACCUGUGUAUUGGUUUCCAGUUCUUUAUCUACAGCCUCGGAGGAAGGAGUUGGAGAAAGAUAAAAAGCCCACCUUCAGGUUCUCCCCCUCAGUAUGAUACCCCACCUGCAAUCUGCAAUGGAGCUCUUCAUUGGAUCACAAGUUGCGGCCGUAUUGCUGACGCUGAGGAAGAUAUCCCACCUUGCACCAGUGGAAUAACAAUUUUUGGGAUGGAUACCGAGGAUUUCUCUACCUUGCCUCAUCCUGGUGGCGAGUGCAACUCCAGAGUGAAUCACAGAAAUAUGCGGCUUUUAGUGGUGGAUGAACAUCUAUCCUUCUGUAAUGUGUAUCGGGGUUAUACCGUCAUUGAUAUAUGGUUGCUCGAGGACUACGCGAGCUGGGCUUGGGUUAGAAAAUGGUGUCUUCGGCCAAACCUAUAUGGUGGUCCUCGACCUCUGGAAUCGGAAUGUUACAGCUUCAGCCGGAGAUUAGAGGUUGUGCACUUUCAGAAUGGAGAAUUGUGGCUGGAUUGUGGUGAAAGAGGCUUGGUUCUUUAUCAUCUUGACCAGAAUACCUUUAAGAAACUUGGAAGACCACCCACUUCUUAUGAGCAUCGUUGCAUUCAUUAUACGAAAAGCCUGGUGCCCCUACAUCGAGCUGCUCUCCCGCAGGAUUGA